AGGAGCCGUGUCAUCUGACGCUUGCACUUGCGGUAAACGAUCUUGUAAGAAGAGUAGGUCUUCUUGUUUUAUUUCAAUUGUUAUCUUCAUACAAACACAAACCCAAAGCGGCACGUGAUGUGAAUGCAUAUCUGACAGGUAUAUAAUCUAUAUUUGAGUCAUCCUCAUCUCCGCGGCGCAGAGGGGAAGAAGAAUCUGUCGCUUCUAAAAAGAUCAGCAAUUCACUGCACCAUGGACUACUACACGACAAGAACUGCGGAUCAGCAUGAUCUCUGGGCACCACCAGAAGACGCACCGUAUUGGCGCGUCUCCCGAGACUGCACCGAAUGCAGUCGCACUUUGGCAUGCUACGAGGCUUCGCCAAGUUUCAGCAGCGACGGGGCCGACAACAUCGCGCGAAGUCACCCCUUGCACGAAAGGGACCGCGGAAGAAUGCACGGGGACAGCUUUCGCCCGAUUAAUUUUGACCAAUACAAGAAGCUCACUGUGCAGACGCUGCUGUGCGAAUUCAAACCUCCUGCAGGAGCAAAAGCAUCUUCCGGGUCGUCCUCGUCCUCCUCCUCUUCUUUCUCCGGAGUUGUAGAUCCUCCUGCGAAACAAGAAGCCGGUCGAAGCGGGAUAAAGAAAACGACUCCCAGCAGCACCAUAAAACCAGCGACAGCAGGCCCGGAGGAGCCCACGCGAGGACCACCGGAGGAAGAGAGACCAAGUAGACGGAACAAGCUGAUCAUUCCGGAAAAACGCGAUUUCGUUGAAGUUGGCACGUCUUACUACGACACGCUCGCGCAGUGCUGCUACCCGGAGCAGAUGGAGCGUGACGGGAGUAGCAAUUGCUACUAUUUGGAGUCCUGCUACCAGCUCAAGUACAGCAAUUGCGAGAAGUGGCUCGGUUUACCCACAGCCACCGGCAUCAGCAUCGACGCCAUUCCGCAAAACGUGGAGAUGCUGCCCCGAACCUCGAACAAUUUCACGAAAAUCGCGAAGCCGGUAGCCGGAAGAGCGAUGGACGUGGCGGAGCGGGCGCGCGUGGACUUUCUGCGAAAGGACCACUUGCGGGACAAGGUCUUGCAGUUCUGGGACAGCAAGGGGUGGCUGGUCCCGUGGGACAUCUGCUACAACCAGGCCGCUCAGAAUAUGGCGUUCUCAAUCGUUACAUUCUCAACUGUUACAUCGAUUUGUAAUGCAAGAACGGCAAAACUAAAAGGGGUGACCUUGCGCGUAUUGCAUGACAGAUUCGGCGCAGAUUCUCAGCCUGUGUGGCUCUUCGAGAAUUUGUCAUGCGAAGCAGCUUGAUCGUGUCAAUUCUGAUUGUAAUUUUGCAUGACAAAUCACGUAACAGUUGUGAAUGUAACAUUUGAGAACGCCAUACAGAAAAAUCGCGUUUGGGAGCAGGAUUUUACGGAUCCUUGCUUUCUCGACUGGCUUUACCGCCAGGAGAACCCAACUCUGGCGGACUUUUUGCCACACAAGAAGAAGAAUUCGUGCGCGGAUGAAAAUAGUACCACGACCGGAGGUAAUGGUAACAGUAACUCCAGCUCCAGGGUAACGCGGGCGGAUAGCACGACAGCGAGCACGACCGCGGAAGGUGGGAGCUCCACGAGGCAAAGUGUGGACAAUUUGAUAGAGGAUGUCGAGGCGGUGGCCGCUGGACGAGGAGGGCCACAGCAGCCAGAAACAGAAUGGGGUACAGAAAGAUUUUUGUGUUUGUGAUUUACUGUGUGUCAGGGCGAUCAUGCAGUAGUUUCUCGCGGCCCCUGAUUUGUUUCCUCAUUGCGCGUUCACGAUUUAGUUUUGCAGCCCUGGUUCUUGUGCAGGACUUCUGAUCAUGAUGAACUACUGCCUUCUACAUUUGCGAAGCCACGGAACAACGAAACAUAGGUGUAGAAGAAGGCGACGAUCACGAUACGCAGGCGAAGAUGAACAUCACCACCUCCGGCGCCAAAGUAGAAGAACCUCGAGAUCUUCAUGAAGGCCCCGCCUCGCUGCUGCACGAUGUGCCGAAAGAAGUCGCGGAGCAGAAGGUAGCAGAGUGGCGAGAAAAGGACGAAGCGGAGAAAAAUAGCACCCCGUUGCCGGACAACCACGUCUACCUCUACGGGCUUUUGCCUGAAAAAAUGCACGAGAUGCGCAAAGCGGAGGAGACGGCAACACCUUGCGCCGAGCACGGAGUGCCCAACUGCAAAAGAUGCUCCUUCGUUGGGGCCCGCACCUGCGCGACGUCGUCGAUCAAUGAGCCCACCAAGUACCUGCUGGAACUGCUUUCCUACAACAACAUGCUGCACCUGCUGAAGCGGCAAACGGUGGAAACCGAGGCUCUGUCCUCGAUUUUACGGAGGCACAAAGUGCUCAUGGUCGACACGCUGCUACGCAAUUGCGAAAAAAGACCAGUGUCGAGGACGCAGUCGCAACAAGGUCUGCGUGAUAAUGUGAUGUGAAGACUUGUUUUUGCCUGCUUAAGACAUCUGUUGAGCAGACAUGUAAGUAUUGAUUUGAUUUCGGGCUGCAGCUCUUCUCUUUAUCCGACAAAUAAGCGUAUUUGUGUUCUUGCCCAUACAUAGUCAACUGCUCCUGCAAAACGAAAACUCGGCGACUGCCACCUUUGCUGGACUGGUUUAUUUUUCAACCACUUGCAUAAGCCAAGUUGGAUUUGGAAGGUGCGGAUGGUGAAAUUCUGCGGGAUUUGAUGUGGAACCAUUUUCAGAAGUUUGGCCUGCUCUCCCUGCCGCGCUUGAUCAUUUUCGAGGCGAACGCCACCAACUGGGCCGAGGCGCAGAUGAUUAUCCUGAGUAAAAACGUACCCACACCAUAGUCAAGAUGGGGAAUCGGCUAGACAAGUCCACAAGUUUUGGCUGUUUUGCAUGACAAAUUUGCAUUCGUAGUGUAGUGCGGUUUGAGCUAGCUCAGCAGCAUCACAGAUCUAGCAUACCAUGCUGAUUGGAGCAUGACAAAUUGCAAAACACGGCUAGAAAAUGCUUCUCAUGGGGCUCCGCAUGAGAAACAUUUUCAGCAUGCAGAUUUGCAUUACAACUCUGGUGUGGGUACGUUUUUACUCAGGAUAAUGAUGUUGCAGUCCCUGGAGUCCUGGUUUGGGUACAAAACCCAAGACUUCUUCUACCAGGGAAUGCGCAAAUGCCACCCGGCUAGUAUCCUGAGUAAAAACGUACCCACACCAGAGUUGUCAUGCGACUUUGCCAUGACAGGAACAUUUGUGAUGCGCAACCCCAUGACAGGCAUUUUCAAUCGUGUUUGGGAAUUUGUAAUGCUGUAAACAGGAGCAGCAGAUCGAUUUGUGAUGCGGCUUUCCUUGCUAACUUGCACUACCUUACGGACUGAAACUUGUCAUGCGUGACUCACAAAACUCCUAGGCUUGUGUUGCAAAAUCCCCAUCCUGACUCUGGUGUGGGUACGUUUUUACUCAGGAUAGCUAGCGCGGGCCAGGUCUCGGACAUGAAGGUGGAGCUACCGGAGGAGGUGGAGAGGGUGAAGCAGAAACUGUGGGAGGAGGUCAUCUAUCACAUGGAAAAAAUGUCUGGGUCUGGAAGAAUGCAACUUGUGAUGCUGCAUUUGGAUUCCAAAAGAAUUUGUGUUGCGUGAGUACCUAAGGAAAGGCAAUUUUUGCUACGCUGAGAAGGCAUUUGUCAUGCGGAAUACGCAUCAAGAAGCCCUCAAAAAAUCUGUAUUGCUAGGGGAUGCAUCACAGACAUCAUGGCUCAUGCAAGACGUGCGUGACAAGUGUCAGAAUCUUCCAGACCCAGACAUUCUUACAGUUGAUAUCAUCCAGGUGUUUCACACGCUGGAGGAGCAAGAGCAGCGGCAGAUGAAUCGAGCGAAGGAACAGGAAAAAAGGAAAAAUUUUUUAUGA